UCUUUCUGAAAUCGUCCUCGCUUUCAGUCGCAUAAUCCGUUUUUGCCUCAAACUUUAUCCUACACCAUAUUGCUUUACGUCUUCGUCUCUUGAGCUACCGAUUUACUGGAUACCGGCCGUUCAUCUGAAAAAAUAAUGGCUGAAAGUUCCGAUUCGACAUUGCUUGAUAAAGAGAGUGUCAGCACCACUGCAAAUAACAAACGCGAAGCUCAUUCUGAUAGCUCGGAUUCCGUAACAAAGAAGUUGAGAAGCAGCGACACUCAUGAGGAGCCGAAGGCUGAAAUCACUGUCCCGAAAAAUGGAAGUGAAUUGUAUUUUGAAAUAGAAGCUGAUGCAGCUGAGGAUAAGGGUUCCAGACAUACCAUGGAGGACGCUUCUGUUGUUCUUCCUGAUGCUGACCUUGAAUUUCCCGGGAAAUUGAGAUGUGCUCAUUUUGCAAUAUAUGAUGGGCAUGGAGGUCAAUUAGCUGCUGAGUAUGCCCGGAAGCAUUUACAUGCCAAUGUUCUAUCUGCAGGCUUACCACGUGAGUUGUUGGAUGUUAAAGCAGCCAAAAAGGCCAUACUCGAAGGAUUUAGGAGAACUGAUGAGUCUCUUCUUCAGGAAAGCACCAAAGCAGGUGGUUGGCAAGAUGGAGCAGCUGCAGUAUGUGUCUGGGUAUUAGGCUCCAAAGUGUUUGUUGCUAAUAUUGGAGAUGCGAAAGCAAUUUUAGCUCGGUCAUCUCCAACUGACGGUUCAAACAACACUUCUGAUGGAUCAACUCCAAUAAAGGCCAUAGUCUUGACCAGGGAACACAAGGCUAUAUAUCCUCAAGAACGUGCACGCAUCCAAAAAGCUGGGGGAUCUGUCAGUUCUAAUGGACGAUUACAAGCGCGCCUUGAAGUUUCCAGAGCUUUCGGAGAUCGGCAGUUCAAGAAGGUUUGUGUGCUAAGAUUAAAAGUUGGUGUCAUUGCAACUCCAGAUGUUCAUUCAUUUGACCUUACCGAGAGAGACCACUUUAUCAUUCUUGGCUGUGAUGGCUUGUGGGGGGUUUUUGGGCCAAGUGAUGCUGUUGAUUUUGUUCAGAAGCUAUUAAAGGAGGGGCUAUCUGUGAAAGCUGUGAGUCGCCGCCUUGUGCGGGAGGCAGUCCGAGAGCGUCAAUGUAAAGAUAACUGCUCCGCUGUUGUAAUUGCUUUCAGGAAAAAGCAGUAAAACUCAGAAAUUUGUUCAAAAAGAAUCUUAGAGUCUAGGCAACCAGAUCUGGUCUUGUUCUUUGGUU